CAGCGCCGUGGCUGCGAAGCGAGCGGAGUGAAGGGAGAGUAGCGCUCCGCACGCUCCCUGUGGGCUCGCGAACAGCCUGCCCGUUUCCACGACAUGGAGCCCACGGUGCGCGUCCAUGCACGCGGACACCGCCGCUGACCCACUGAAAGUGGACGUUUCCCAGAGCGCGCAGUCAGUCAGUGGCAUCUGUACGAAUGGCAAAGCGGAGCACUUUAUUCAUCCGAAUCGUGGAGGGCAAGAACCUACCUGUCAAAGACAUAACGGGGAGCAGCGAUCCGUACUGCAUUGUCAGGAUAGACAACGAGGCCAUUAUAAGGACAGCAACGAUCUGGAAGACUCUGUCUCCCUUCUGGGGUGAGGAGUACAAUGUCCACCUACCCCCUUCCUUUCACAAUGUGUCCUUCCACGUCCUGGAUGAAGACUCCCUCAGUCGGGAUGAUGUCAUCGGGAAGGUGUCCAUCAGCAAGGAGGCCCUCGCUGCCAAGCCCCAAGGGAUUGACGGCUGGAUGAACCUGACGGAGAUCGACCCAGAUGAGGAGGUCCAGGGUGAGAUUCACCUGAAGGUAUCAGUGUUGGGGAAAGGAUACGCGCCAAAAAUCCUGCGAUGCCACGUCUUCGAGGCCAGAGACCUUGCCAAAAAGGAUCGCAAUGGUGCCUCAGAUCCUUUCGUCCGGGUGAGCUACAAUGGCAAAGUUCACGAGACCGCGGUGGUGAAGAAGUCCUGUUACCCUCGGUGGAACGAGAGCUUCGAGUUUGAGCUGGACGAAGCAUCAGCUGACACGCCCCUGAGCGUGGAGGUGUGGGACUGGGACCUGGUCAGCAAGAAUGACUUCCUUGGCAGGGUUUUAUUCAACAUCAACAGGCUGCAGUCUGCACAACAAGAGGAAGGCUGGUUCCGACUUGGCCCAGACAAACCCAAGCACAGCCAGUAUGAGGGCACUCUUGGAUCCCUGAGGCUGAAGCUCAUGCUCAGGGAUGAGAUGGUGCUACCGUCCAGCCACUACCAACCCUUAGUGGAGCUGCUGUGCCAGUCUGUUGGUGCCCAUCUGAAUGGGAACUUGCCAGAGCUGAUGAUGCUCAUCGAUGAAACCACAACAGCUGAAAGUCGACAGGAAGUGGCCACAAACCUUAUCAAGCUCUUCCUAGGUCAGGGGUUGGUGAAGGAGUUCCUUGAUGUCCUGUUCAAACUGGAGCUGGACAAGACGGGUGAGCCCAACACCUUGUUCCGUAGCAACUCACUGGCUUCAAAGUCAAUGGAAUCAUUUUUAAAGGUGGCUGGAAUGCAGUAUCUCCACAGGCUUCUGGGCCCCACAAUCAACCGGAUCUUUGAAGAGAAGAAGUAUGUGGAGCUGGACCCCAAUAAGGUGGAGCUGAAGGAGGCAGGGUGUGCCGGGCUUCACAGAGUGCAGACGGAGGCUGACGUGAUCCAGCAGAGUGCCGGCCACCUCCAGUCGUACCUCUUCGAUUUGAUCCACGCUAUCGUUCAGUCGGCCGUCUACUGCCCCACCUCCCUGUGCCAAACCUUCCGGCAGCUCUACCAGCGGGUCCAGGAGCGCUUCCCUGAGAAGGAGUAUCGGAAGGUGAAGUACAUCGCUGUGACAAGUUUCCUGUGUCUGCGCUUCAUCUCUCCGGCCAUCAUGUCCCCCAAGCUUUUCCAUCUCCGAGAGAAGCACGCCGAUGCCCGGACCAGCCGGACACUCCUGCUGCUGGCCAAGGCCAUCCAGACCAUCGGGAACCUGGACACUCUGGCCUGUUUCUCCAAAGAGCCCUGGAUGGUGCCCCUGCAGCCGGCUAUCCAGCAGGGAAUUGCCCAGCUGAAGGACUUCAUCACCAGGCUCGUGAGCUGUGACGACAGCGAAGACCUUGGCCUGCAAGCCAGGAUGAGCCUUCAGUGCGGCUCCAUGGAGAAGGAGGGCUUCCUCUUCCUGCACAGGACCAAGGACAAGUGCAUGCUCAUGACGUCGCCCUUCAAGAAGUACUUCGUCACUCUGGGCAAGGACACCCUGUCGUACGCUCGUACUCAGCACUCCAAGAAGAGCUCAUUCAUUCCUCUGCCCAAGAUCAGAGCCGUGGAGAAAGUGGAGGAGAAGAGCUUCGGAAGUGCCAACGUCAUGCAGAUCAUCUCCGAAGACAACGGCCAGAUGGAGACGCUUUACUUGGACUGUAAGAGCGUCAACGAGCUGAAUCAGUGGCUCUCGGCCCUCAGGAAAGCCUGCAUCCACAACACGGACACCAUGAGCUCCUACCACCCGGGAAUUUAUAAGGGCGACAGGUGGAGCUGCUGCCACCAAAAGGACAAAGCCGAUGCAGGAUGUGACAAAACCAGACACGGGGUCACCUUGCAGGAAUGGUACGACCCGCUGGACCCCGACUUGGAAUCGCAGCUCAUUUUCCGGCACCUCAUCGGGGUCAGGCAAGCAAUGAGGGAAAAGUACCUGGAGAAGAUCAAGACGGAGGAAGGCCAUGAGAAGGAUUUUAUAGCUGAUGAGGAGAGGCUGGAUGGGGUCAGGAGAUUCUUCAAAGUCCUUCAAGACCUACAGGAUGCACAUCAAGCCGUGGAAGAGGAGGCGGAGCGGUCGCGCAAUAAGAACUUUCUCCUGGAGCUGCAGACAUAAAGGGGAGCGUCCGGCCCCCUCCUCCGAGCUCUGCCUUGACACACGCCUCGGACUCACCGAAACGCACGUGCUCGUACGCGACAAGCUGCGGCCGCGCCGCUCCGCGGUCGGCUGGCGCCCAACGUACGGUGCCUCUAAAACGGCGCGGGUUCAACCCCAAGCCUAUACAUGUACCGAAUGUUCUGUGUGCGUGGUUCAUGGCCUCCUCUGUAGACCACCUUAAUGUCCUUGUCCUCGAGUCUGCUUUUCGUGUGCACCUCUAAAACGUCCCUUAACGAGGGACCUUUAGGAAGAACCAGAGCUUAGAUAAGGGGGUACGUAUCACAGAGCACUCACAUGUUCACAGAUAAACGUGGCGCCCUGAGUGAUGCGCACAUGGGAAGGUGGGCACAUUACAUCUUGGUCCAGGUUUGGGACUCACGUGAUGAUGUGUAACUAUAACCAGCUGUCAGUGUUUUUUUUUUAAUUUCACCAAAAUGUAACAAAAGGGUAUAGAGGAGGUAUAGCCUGGAGAAUUGAGUAGAUCUCACAUCUGUCACAUGGGUCACCCACUCAAGGGAGAGCUG